AUGAUGGAGAGCACAGGAGGGCCAUAUCUGAACACCGCGGCUGUGACAUCUCCAGUGGGAAUAGUUCGUUUGCUGCAGAUGAUGUUCGGAUGCACCACGUUCAGCCUGGUGGCCCACCAGGGGGGAUUCAGCGCAGCAUACGGCACUUUCUGCAUGUUUGUCUGGACCUUCUGCUUUGCUGUCACUGUCUUUAUCAUCACCUGCGAGUUCACGCACCUGCACAGCUGUCUGAGCAUCUCCUGGGGAAACUUCACAGCUGCGUUCGCCAUGCUCGCCACGCUCAUGUCGGUCACAGCGGCGGUGAUUUACCCGCUCUACUUCGUGCAGCUCGGCUGCUACCCCAUCACCUGCGAGGUGAGAGACUUCCGCAUAGCGGCCAGCGUCUUUGCCGGCCUCGUGUUUGUUGUGUACGGCGCGGAGGUGUUCUUGACCAGGGCCAAACCAGGACAGGUCACCAGCUACAUGGCCACCGUCUCCGGGCUCCUGAAGAUCGUACAAGCCUUUGUGGCCUGCAUCAUCUUUGGGGCGCUGGUGAACGACAGCCAGUAUAGCAAAUACGUGGCCACACAGUGGUGCGUGGCCGUCUACAGCUUCUGCUUUAUGGUCACGGUGGUGGUGGUCGCCUUCAGUGUCACAGGUAAGACCGCCCAGCUGUGUUUCCCCUUCGAGCGCUCUGUGGUCGUCUACACUUUUGGGGCCGUCCUGCUGUACGUGAGCGCAGCCGUCAUCUGGCCGGUGUUCUGCUUUGACAGCAAGUACGGCUCCCCGCAGCGCCCCAGCGCCUGUGCUAAGGGCAGGUGCCCCUGGGACAGCCAGCUGGUGGUGGCCAUCUUCACCUACGUCAACCUGCUGCUCUACGUGGUUGACCUGGCGUACUCCCAGCGCAUCCGCUUCGUAUCCCACAUCUGA